CUGUUCUGGUGUUCUAGAAAAUUACAUAAAAUAAAGUGUGCUAUCUGCUGUUUGAUUUUGUGUUGCAAUUGUGUGUGUGUUUUUUUUUAUAAUAAAGCUGCUUAAACAAUGCCAAUCAACCUCAAGCAUACUUGUAUAACGCAUUGUUCAAAUACAACUGUUCAUGGGAUCAUCAGAUUAUCUUGAUGUUGAGGUUUUUUCGCAGUAUAAAAGGCAGUAUCUCUAACCUUAAAGUACGAGUAAAGAGUUCCUUAAAGUCGAAUAAUCAUGUUCAAGAAACUACUACUGAGCGUUGGACUGGUUUGGUGUUUGAUCUCUUUGGGUCAGGCCCGAAAGGAGUCAACGGUGGAGGAGUGCGAGAAAAACAUUGGCGAUUCGUUGAAGGAUCGUGUUUGCGAGCUACGCCAGUACACGCCCGUUAGCAGCGAUGACAUGGACAAGCACAUGCAGUGCGUCCUGGAGGUGGUUGGAUUUGUGGAUGGAAAUGGAGAAGUUAAGGAAAGCGUUCUGCUAGAAUUGCUGCAGCGCGUCGACAGUGGCGUCAAUCAUGCGGCCAACAUGAAGAAGUGUGUGACGGAAGCAUCGACUUCGGGCAGUGACAAGAAAGCCAACACUUUCUACACGUGCUUUUUGGGUACGAGCUCAUUGGCCGGGUUUAAGAAUGCGGUCGACUACAACGAGCUACUGAAGGCUGGCAAGAUGCAGACGAGCGAUCCGUUCGAUAUGAACCGUGUGGCAGCGCUGAUCAAGGAAAUCGAUGAUGGUUUGUGCUAGUAGAUUGGAUAAACAUGUUUAAAGCAAAAGGAACAAUGAUGCAAUACAAAUAAAAUAUAGAGCAAGCAAAACAAA